AUGAAUGAAAGGAUACUAAAAAACCUUUGGAGAUGCGAGUCAUCAUGUCUAUUAAGCAAAAAUAAUUUUAACGCAAGUUCAUUUUGUACAUUUAAAAUAUCACCACAUGGUAGUUUAUUACUGGAGAAAAAAAAAAAUUUAGUGGCACUUGGCAACAUCAGCACUUCCUCCAUUGCUGUCAAUCAACACACCAUAGCACAUAUAAGCAAUGAAAAAAAUAAUCACUGUAAUGAGAACUGCAAACGUGCGGAUUGUGUAAGAAAAGGAAUAAAUGAUAAAAGCACGAGCAAUGGGGACUAUAACAUUGGAAGCAGCUGUAGUAGAUCUAGCAGCAUUGGUGGUAUCAGCAAUAUCUGUUACACUAAUGAAAACCAGUUGUUAAAAGGGACACAUUACAUUUUCCAUUCUGAUAAGGAAAUUUACAUUUUACCCAAUGGACGAAGCAAUUACUCUUUUGGUAAGUCGUGCGUUAAUAAUUAUUCAACAGCGAGAAAAAGCAGAGACGAAUGUGAAAAAACAUCUGGAAAGGGUGAAAAUGGAAAGGGUGAAAAUGGAAAAGGUGAAAAUGGAAAAGGUGAAAGUGGAAAAAGUGAAAAUGGAAAGGGUGAAAAUGGAAAGGGUGAAAAUGGAAAAGGUGAAAGUGGAAAAAGUGAAAAUGGAAAAGGUGAAAGUGGAAAAAGUGAAAGUGGAAAAAGUGAAAGUGGAAAUGGUGAGUCAUGGAAAAAGGAAGAAAUUUCAAACUCUACGAACAGGGAGAAGGCACAUGUUGAAAAAUAUUACCAAAAUCAUGAUAUACUAAUGGAGGGGAAUAAUGAAAUAUUAAAAGACAUACAAUGGAAAGAUAAUAAUUACAGUUCUUCUAGACGUGGGGAAUUCAAAAUGAUGAAUGAGUGUAUCACAGAUGUAAGUGGGACGAGAAGUCAAGCGAUAAAUGUUAAUUGUAAGAAUGAUGAAAAUGUUGAAGAAAAUAAAAAGAAAGAAAUUUGUAAGAGGGAACAAAACGAGAAAGAUGAGGAAAACUUCCACGGAAACAGUGAUGCCUGGAAAGGUGCAGGGGGAGGAGAAAUAAAUGAUAAAAUAAAAAAGAAAAAUGAAAUAAAAAAGGUUCUAAAUAUAAUAUUUUGUUCAUCGAUUCCCAUGAUUGGGUUCGGAUUUAUGGAUCAGUUUAUUAUGAUUCGUUUAGGUGACAUUUUUGAUGCUUCUAUUGGAGUAUCUUUUGGAAUAUCGACCUUAUGUGCUGCUUCCUUUGGUCAACUUUGCAGUGACACAUUUGGAAUUUUUUUUGGUUACGUUUUAAAUUAUUUAUUGCAAACUUAUAAAGUUAUCCAGCCAGCUAAAAUUGACAUAAAGAAUAAAGUGUAUCAAUAUUGUACAUUAAUAGGAUCUGUUUUGGGGAUAUUACUUGGUUGUGCUCUUGGUAUGUUACAACUUAUUUUUAUCGAUACAACAAAAAAUGAAAGGUUAAAAAAAAAAAAAGAACUGGAUUUUAUAUUUCAAAUGGUCAUGUGCGAUUGUUCUAACAUAUUAAAUUGUGAAACAUCAACUUUGUUUUUAUAUGAUAAAGCAAAAAACGAAUUAUGGAGCAAAGCUAUUCAUGGUAGAAAAAAUAUAAUAAAAAUUUCAGCCAAUAGCAAUGAGAAAAGUUUUAACUUGUGGGUUCUCAGGAAUAAAGAAAUUAUUAAUUGUAAGGAUGUUCUCAAUAAUGAAUUAUACAACCCAUCACAUGAUGAAAAAUUUAAUUUCAAAACUAGAACUAUUUUAGCUGCACCUAUUUUAGAUCGAAAUAACGAAGUUGUCGGUGUCCUUAUGUUUCUAAAUAAAUUAAGAUCCCAUGGGGGAUACUUCACAAGAAAUGAUGAAAAGCUAGCUGAAAUGAUGAGCAAACAUAUUUCCAUUUUUAUGGAAAAAUUCAAUUAUAUCAGUGAAGGUGAUAAAAAAAUGAUCAUUUUUGAUAAGGAAAAAAAUAAUCCCCUCGAGGGGGAAGAAGAAGAUGAAGAUGAUGAAGAUGUAGAUGAUGAAGAUGAAGAGGUAAAAAAAGAGGUAGAAAAAAAAGAAAAGGACAGUAAGUCAGGUUUAACCGGAACUAAUUUGAAUUUCCCCAAGGGAACAGAUGUGAAUACAAAGAAAGAUCCAUAUGACGGGGUUAAACCAAAGGACAAGCAUGAUGAAAAUAAAGAAGCAAUAAAAAGAAAAAGAAACAAAAAAAAGAUAAUACAGUAUCACGUUUUACAAACAGAUGAAGAUGAUAAAAUAUUUGACGAAGGGAGUGAAGAUGACAAUAUAAAACAGUUUGAUGAGUACUACGACGAAAAGGGAGAAGAAGACGCUAAUUAUGAUGAUGAGGAUUAUGACGAGGAUGAAGAUGAAGACACAGAUUCGGAUGCAGAAUUGGAUGCAGAUUUGGAUGCAGAAUUGGAUGCAGAAUUGGAUGCAGAAUUGGAUGCAGAAUUAGAUGCAGAAUUGGAUGCAGAUUUGGAUGCAGAUUUGGAUGCAGAAUUAGAUGCAGAUUUGGAUGCACAUUCAGAUUCAGACACGACGCACGUGGAGGAAGGGACACAGGAGCAGGGCGAAGAGGAACAGGAAAAGAAUGGAACGGGGGAAACGGACGAGAUAGAGAAAUUAAUUCAAUCGAAUCAGGUACACACCAAAAGUGAACAUGUUGGCAAAUUAGAUGAAAAGUCAAGUGAGAUAACAAACAUAUUACCUUUUCCACAAAGGGGAAUGAAGAAAUUUGGGGAGGAAGGAAAGGGGGAAGCGAAACAUAAGGAACCAUAUAACAUUUUCUUAGAUGAAAAUUAUUUUAACUAUAGAAAUUAUCUCAAGAGUGAAGGAAAUAAAGAGAAGGAGCAAUACACUGAUCGAGUUGACUGUGUUAGUGAUAAAGACAAACAGAUAGUAGGAUACACAGACCAGAGCGGAAAUUGCAAGAAAGAAAUAAUUAAACAAAAGGAUGAUGAAGACAUGACUAAUAGAAUCUUAAUUUUGAAUAUAGGUAAAGAUUUAAAAGAUGAAACACCAAAGAAUAUAAACCAUUCGUCAACAUAUAAUAAGUCUUGGGAAGCAAUAUCACAGGAAAAGAUGUAUAAGGGCAAUGAGGGACUCAUUCCCGCUCCAUCCCUACUGGAAAAUUUUGCAGACAAGAUAAAACAUGAGAAGCUACCCGAUGAGAUCAAGAUCGAAGGAGAAAAAAGAAAAGAAACAUUCAAUUUUGUGCAUAACGGAUUUAGUAGUUUGUAUGAAAAAAAUGGAUCCUUUAACUCAUACAUACUAACUAUUUUCCAAAAUGUAGAUGAAUUUUUUAAAAGUCUGCAAAAAAGGAACUUUAUUUUUUAUUCAAAAAAUUCCGAAGAAAAUAUUAAUUUAACGAAAAAAUGGAAGAAACAUAAGGUGAUAACAUUUUCAAGUAUCAUGAAAAAUGAUAAUGUUACUAAAGAAAAAGAAAAUUCUCCAAACUGUGUAAAAAUACAAGUUGACUACCAAAAGGUUAGAAUGGAUAAUUAUAGUGCAAAUUAUAAGAGUAAAAAUAAUACGGAAGAUUACAUCUACUAUUAUGAUGUUGAACACACGAGUGAUUAUGUCAAUUUGUAUAGCAAGGAUUAUGUCAACGGAAUGGUAGCGAAUAGCGCAUAUGAAAAUGAGAGAAAGAAAGAACAAAACCAUUCCAUCGAAAGUUAUCAUCGUGGGUACAACUCUGCUAUUUUGAGCGAGACUUUGAGUAAAAACUCAUCACUUGCUGUUGUUAGCAGGAUAAAGGAAGAACCUUUCAGAGCAUAUAUGCAAAAUUAUGAACAUGUGAAAAACGUUACAUUAAAUAAAAAAAUUAUGGUAGAAGGGGUAGGAAAGAUGUACAAUUAUAAUGUAUAUAAAACAGAAAAGCAUUUUCCACACAUCCAUUUUGCGAAAAUAUUUAACAUGGUAGCCGAAAAAAAAAUGAAUAUAAAAAAUUUUAAAAUUUUAAAAAAUAUUUACAAGUACAAUUUGAACAAAAUAUUCAGCAAUCAUUACAAAUAUUUAUUUAUAAAGAAAAAAAAAAAACUACGAAAAUUUUGCUACACCGUUAAACAAUUUGAUAUUUGCAAAAUGAACCAAUUCUGGUUUACUCUAUAUUGCCAAAAUGAGCUAAAAAAAAUAUUCUAUCGAAAUUUACAUUUUAUAAUUGAUUUAAAUAAUAUACACAUUGUAGACCUAAAAUUGAUAAACAAUUAUAUCUUACAUAAAAUUUAUGAAAACACAACUGUUAGUCGAAUUUCACCAAGUACUUGUUACAACAUCAAGAUAAUUGAUUUUUUCUUUAAGGAAAAUUUAUAUCUUUUGAAUAAAAGCACAAUGAAUGACAUUAUUUAUAAAUAUAUCAUUUUUUAUUAUUGUAGAAAGAAAUUAAGAAAAAAAAGUUUUAACUGUUACAAUUAUCAAGAUAUGUAUAUUGCGGAAAAUUUCUUCGGCCAAAAUACACACACAAAGAAGGUUCCAAAAAUAUUGGAUGAUGAAUUGGGAAAAAAAAGUGCAAUAAUAACAGUGGACAGGUAA